GCACGACCAGCCAGUCGAACGUCGUUGCCCUUUUCUGUCCUUGUGGAGAUCAGAGGGAAUUCGGGUGAGGAAGAUGCCUCUGUCGCCUGUGAAAGCUCAGGAAGUUGAGGAGCAGGAGUUGGUCGACCCACAGACGACGUUGAGGGAGAAAUGUCGCGAAGAACCCAAGUGUGCGGCAUUCAAGGAGAAGUGGGAUGCUUGCGAGACUAGAGUUCGCUCGCGAAAGAAGACCGCAGAGACGUGCUCGGAGGAACUCAUCGAUUUCAUACAAUGCGUGGAUCAUUGCGUAGCGCCGGAACUCUUCAAGCAUCUCAAGUGAACUUCGAAUGUGCCCUUCAGUAGCUCCUGACGUUUUUCUUUCAAUCAAUGCGGCUAAUAAAUUUCCCUGUUAUAUAGA